UCUUAAUUCGUGGCCGUGGCCUAUCCAUAUCUUUAUUAUCUAUGUCAUGAAGAUGAUAGUUCAUGAUAGUUACCCUCGGACACGGACUAAGAUAGAGAGAGGAAUGGAAACGAGUACAUUUUUUACAUGGAUAAUAAAUAUAUCUUUAUUAUCUAUGAUUUUUAACGGGUCCGAACACGGUCUAAGAUAGUCUAUCUUAAAUCGUGGUCCGAACUCCGAAGUGCCUCUGCUGAUUUCCGUUGUACACAGCAGCUGGUCUUAACGCUGCCUAGUGGCUGGGUGGAAAAUGUAAUGAUGGUAAGAAUUAAAAUUAUAUUAUACAAAUAGUUGAUAUUUUACCAAGCAGAUAGCGUGCGUGUUAGCUGUGUACAAAUUUGGGCGGGGAAGAGUAGAGGGGCCGAGGCAAUGCGGUCCGGCUCCCCGUCACCCGCCAAUCAUAUCGUUUCCAGUCCUCUUUAUCUUAGCAAAUACUGUUGAUUAGAAAUCCAUAGUAUUUGAUCUUAGUCCGUGCCCUCAGAUCAACAGGAGUCUUCGAGCGUGGGUUGGAGAUGUCGCAUUAUUAUUUAUUGUUACAUUCUAAAUUUCCGAGCCUUUAAAUGACCACAAGCCAAAUUGUGAUCUGUAAUGACAACUGACUAGAACAAAUUACGAUACCUUGGUAGGUAAUUGGUUUGUAAGUAGGUACUUACAUCUCCAGGACUACAAGAUUGUUAAUUGCACAGAACAUACAACGACGUAUUAAUAUAAAUGUGUUAUUAUGCGUUCCGAAAAUGAUUCAACAGACACACAGGAUUGUGUAGAAUUAUUUGAGGAAACUUUAAUUCAAGUUGUCAUGGAUAAUGCUGAUGAAAUGUCAAUUUUGAACGCAAACAGCAAUGUACGAGUGAUAGCUGUGGACUCUGAUUCUCCAGCAUUACAAAUUGAAAACAAGGUUGAUUUGAGUGGUGUAAAUGUCGACGAAAUGUGUAAUGGUAAAAAUUUGAUGGAGGUGCAAGAUCACAAUUCAACAGAAGAAGUUCAGCGUUUUCCUACCGAUCCGGCAGAUUGGUUACGUACUUCAAGUUUUAUAAAAUUUUGUGCAGUACAUGGGGUAGAUCAAAAUAAAAAUGACAAUUUUAUUGAAUCAAAAAAUCAAUAUUCUGUAGGCAACGUGAGAUUUUGUAACAAAACUAUGUUUUUUUCAAAAUUACCAAAUGGUGAACAAAUUUCACGUUCAUGGCUUGUUUACUCUCAUAAAUUAGGAAAAGUUUUUUGCGCACCUUGUUGGUUAUUUAAAAACGAAUCUUCUAAUUUAGCUUAUGGUGGUUUUAAUGAUUGGAAAAAUGCACAUAAGCGUCUUAAAGAACACGAAGCAUCGUUAAAUCACAAAACAUGUUUACUAAAAUUGAAAAAUUUAGGACAAAAACAAAGAAGAUUAGAUUCUAUGUUAUUGGUUCAAAUUAACCAUGAAAAAAUGUAUUGGAGAAGUGUUUUAGAAAGAGUAGUAUCUGUAAUUAAAACAUUAGCUUCACGCGGACUUCCAUUCCGGGGACAAGAAGAGAUUUUCGGAUCGCCUAAAAAUGGAAAUUACCUGAUGCUUCUUGAAUUGUUAUCCGAAUUUGACCCUUUCUUAGCACAACAUAUUUCGAAAUACGGUAAUUCUGCUAGUGGUACUUCAUUGUACUUAUCAUCGACAAUUUGUGAUGAAAUUAUUGUAUUAAUGUCCAAAAAAGUUAAGGAAGUUAUCAUAAAUGAGGUUAAAAGUCGUAAAUAUUAUUCGAUUGUCGUCGACUCUACACCAGAUAUAACACAUUCUGGCCAACUUGCUUUUAUGCUUCGCUAUGUAAGUGAUAAAGGUAUACCGACAGAACGAUUUUUAGAAUUUAUACCAAAAGUUGGUCAUACAUCUUUGGAAAUAGCUGAAACAGUCAUUAUGACAAUCGACAAUUUAAAAUUAAAUAUAUCAGACUGUCGUGGACAAUCAUAUGACACAGCUAAAAAUAUGUCAGGUUGUUAUAAUGGUCUUCAAGCUCGAAUAAAAAAUAUAAAUCCUUUGACAUUUUAUAUCCCAUGCGCAGCUCAUUCACUUAACCUAGUAGGGUCGCAUGCAGUUGAAUGUUGUAAUGAAGCAGCUACAUUUUUUGGACUAAUGCAAAAUAUCUAUAUAUUUUUUUCGAGUAGUACACAUAGAUGGGAUCUCCUCAAUAAUAAUAUGGUAUUAAAAUCACGUACAUUAAAAGCCGUUUCCAAUACGAGAUGGUCAUCGAGAGAUUCUGCAUGCCUGAGUUUAAAUAAAAAUUGGUCUGCCGUUUUAGCUACAUUAACAUAUAUAAUGGAUGAUAACACUGAAAAUAAUAUUACUAGAAAUGAAGCAAAAGGACUAAUGAAUAAAAUGAGUUCUUUGGAAACUGCAAUCAUGACAGUUGUGUGGAGUUUUUUGCUUAGUCAAUUAAACUUUACAAGUAAUAAGUUACAAAAUGUCAAUAUUGAUUGUUUGGAUGUACUUCAGUUAUACGAUAGUUUAAUUAGAUUAAUAGAACAGACUCGUGAAAAUUUUGAUGAUUUUGAAACGGAAGCAUUGGCAAAGGCAGUUAGGAAGGAUUACAAAAUAACUACAAUAAGAGAAAAAAAGCGAAAAAUUUUCCAUGACGAAUCUAAUUCUAAAAAUGUAAAUUUAUUGGCACGAUACAGAUUUAAAAUAUUUACAUUUAUUCCCAUCUUAGAUAAAUUAAAAACUGAAUUAGAAACUAGGCGACAUGCAUAUGAUAUUUUCUGUAAACCAUUUACAUUUUUAACGCAAAUUAAGGAAUUGAACAAUCAAGAAAUUAAAAAAUCGGUUGAAUUACUUCAAAAUAUUUAUAAAAAUGAUGUAGAAUUUAACGAUUUUAUAAAUGAAGUGUCACAUUUAAAAGCUCAUGUCGAUCUAAUCUCUAUAGGGGGAAAACACAACUUACUAAGUCUUCAAACAUUUCUAUAUGAAAAAGACUUAACAAAUAUUUACCCAAACAUAGAAAUAAUACUACGCAUUUUUACUUGCACAGCUGUCACCAAUUGUUCAGCUGAAAGAUCGUUUUCAUGUUUAAAAAGAGUAAAAAAUUACUUAUGUUCUACUAUGACUCAACAAAAAAUGAACUCACUUGCGAUUCUAAACAUUGAAAAUCAAAUAACUCGUCAGUUAUCAUUUGAUGAAAUCAUAGAUAAUUUUGCUACAGAUAAAUCAAGGCGCAAAAUGAUUUAAUUAUUGUACAAGUGUACAAAUGUACCUUUGCAAAAUUGUAUUAAUUUUUAUUUGUUUAGCUGGUAUGUAUAAAUAUAAAAAUACCUAAAUACAAUUUUUAUGGUUUUGUUUUAUUUCAUGGACAAUUGUUGUGGGGGGGCUAAAUCUUAGUCAGCUGAGCCCCCUCGCCCCUCCCCUUAGUUGCGCCUAUGCUGAUACCAGGGGCGUAUUUACGGGGUUAAGAUCCACCCCCAUGGAUACAUGUACUAUUAUAUAGUAUUUUUUAUUUAUUGUAGCGCAUACCACAGUUCUGUAAGCUAAAAUUCUUAUUAUCUUAUUAUCCCCUUAAAAAAAAAUGCUAAAUACACCAUCGAGUAAUACCCGAGUAUUUUGCUAACAAUAUUGUAUUUAUAUUUGAUCGAGAAUAAGUAGGUUAGAUCUACAGACUAUAAACAUCCAAUUAUAUAUUUUAAACAUGAUUAAAUCAUAUGAAUUUAUUAAAGAUAAAUAAAAAAAAUUAUAGGUAUAUAAUUUUUCUUUGAAGUAGGGUCAUUGGACCCCCCCCCCCAUUUUAUCAUGUCGUCACGUCUUGUAUACUUAUACCCAUAUUACCUAUUGUAUAAAUUAUUACAGAUUGUAUAUAUUAUUAUAUUCUUGUUUUCUAAUAAAAAAAAAUUUAAAAAAAAUGUAUCUAUAUUUAUAAAAAUGGAGCGUGAAAAAUGUCGUUACCUCAUCAAUCGAGAACGGCUGGUCCGAUUUGGCUCAAAUUUUUUUUAAGAUGUUCGUAAUUGCCAGGAGAAUGUUUUUACGAAAGAAUAUUUUAGGAAAAUCUGGAUGUAAAAAAUACAACAGUGGCGUAACAGUGUAUUAUAUUUUAUAUAUUGGUUGGUAUCGGUUAAUCGGGCGUGUUUGUUGAUUUGUAUUAUUAUUUUUUGUCAAUAUAUACAUAAGAAUGAAUGUUUGUGUGUAGAUUAGACCUCUGGGAAGAUGACUGGCUAAUUUAAAAAUGGUUAAAUUUGGUUUUUUUUUAUUCAUCGGAUUUUAGUACGGUUAGGUAAGGUAAAUUUGGUAUAACUUAGAUACUUUAUAGUUAAAUCAUAAACUUACGAACUUACAGCACGAUGUCCGCGAUCUACCGCAGGUAGAUUGCCUACCUGAUAAUAUAGUGCUGCGAAUCAGAAUUUUUAUUCCGGGCAACGGAAAAGUUAAGAUAAAUUUUGUACACCAUACACCAAAUAUUAAAUAACGAUUUGAACAAAGUUUGAGUCGUAUAGAGUUGGUACAUUUAACGGGCAACGAAGUGCACGGGAUCAGCUAGUUUAUUAUGUAUAUUCAAUAUUGUUAAUUU